AUGAUGGUCGCGCGAAUGGGUUGGUGGUCUUCGAUGAUCGUUGGUGGCUUCGAUCGUUGGUGGUCUUCGAUGAUCGUUGGGGGUCUGGAGGUUGCUGGAGGUGAAGUUGAAAGGUCGCGCGAAUGGGGAGGGGGAGGAUUUUAUUGCAAACCGUUCAUCUCUACUUCUCCAGUUAGUUUGAAGCUCCUCAUCGACAAAAAACAUAAAAAAGUUCUCUUCGCCGAAGCUGCCAAGGAUUUUAUUGACUUUCUCUUCACCCUUCUGUCUCUACCUGUCAGCACUGUGAUUGGGCUCCUCUCUAGAAAACGCAUGAUCGGUUGUUUAGGCAAACUCUACGGCAGCUUAGAAAACUUAAACGACACAUACUUGCAACCCAACCUCAACAAGGAUGUCCUUCUAAAACCUAAGAAGCUGCCAAUGCCAAUUGAUGGCGCCCAUCAACUUCUUCCUGCUUGA